AUGAUGCAAAUUGGUGAUUACACCUGGAUUUUCGGGGUCGGUAUGGUGAUGGCGUUCGUGGACGCUUACGGUAUCGGUGCCAACGACGUGGCCAAUUCGUUUGCCAAUUCUGUCUCGGCAGGCUCCUUGACACUGGCUCAAGCUUGUGUGAUUGCUUGUUUCACAGAAUUCUUUGGUGCACUGUUGCUCGGUUCGCAUACCACAUCCACCAUCAAGGGCGGAAUCCUGUCCGUGUCUGAAUUUGUCGAUAAUCCAGAAAUGCUGAUGCUCGGUAUGCUUUGCGCUAUUACUGGUUCCGCCAUCUGGGUGCUUUUUGCUUCACGCAACGGCUGGCCCGUGAGCACUACCCAUUCCAUUGUUGGCGCUAUCGUUGGUGUGGGUAUCUCGGCGUUUGGCGGUGGCGCUAUUACCUGGGGUUGGACGGGUAUUGCUCGUAUCAUUACUUCCUGGUUCAUCUCUCCUGUUAUUGCCGGUCUGGUGGCCGCUGCUAUCUACACCUUUACCAAGUAUGCCGUACUCCGUCAAGUCGACAGCUUCAAGUGGGCACUUCGUCUGGUCCCCUUUUACGUUUUCUUCACCAUCGCCAUCGAAGCCUUCUACAUUAUCUUCAAGGGCGCUCCCGGUUUGAAUGCGAGCAGUCUCCCCAUUGGUGUGGUGAUUGCUAUUUCCUUUGGUAUUGCCACCUUCUUUGCCGCCUUUGCUUGGUUCUUUUACUGCCCUUGGGCCCGUCGUCGUAUCCAGGAUAAGGAAGAUCUUCGCUGGUACCACUGUUUCGUCAUUCCGUUCAUUGGCAAGCGUCCUACGUUGCAAGAGCGGGAUCCUGAAAUUGUUUCCAUGGCCGACAGCCAAGCCCAACGCACCCACGAUAAUGUCAAUGAAACGAUCGAUAUCCAUGAGAACAAAAAGUUUGCUGAAGAGAUCCCCGAAUCUGAUAUGAGCGAAGUCCCUGUGGCUGGUCCUUCAGGCUGGCGUGCCAAGGCGAAUCAAUACAAGACCCGGGCGGUGGACAUGGCACUUCACGGUAUCCGCAAAGAUGUUCGCAAUCUGGAGAAUGAAGACUUGAAACACAUUCACGCCGCGGCUGAACUGUACGAAGAUGAAGCAGAGUAUCUGUUCCGAUCGCUUCAGGUGUUUACGGCUUGUAUGGCUUCGUUUGCUCACGGUUCCAACGAUGUUUCCAAUGCCAUUGGUCCCAUUGCCGCUAUUUUCGAUGUAUGGCAGACCGCUCGAGUCGAUGUCGCUGGCAGCGUGGGUGUGCCUGCAUGGAUUCUCGCUUACGGCGGUGUAGCCAUCGAUAUCGGUUUGGCCACUAUGGGAUACCGCGUGAUGCGCAAGAUGGGCAACAACAUCACCUACCUUACACCUUGCCGUGGUUUCUGUGCCGAACUCGCGGCGGCUUUGACCGUCUUGACUUGCUCCAAACUGGGUUUGCCCGUUUCCACCACCCACUGUAUCACCGGUGCCACCGCCGCCAUUGGUCUCUGCAACGGUCGCUUGAAUGCCGUCAACUGGAAAAUGCUCGGAUGGUGUUUCUUUUCUUGGAUUCUCACUUUGCCGUUUGCCGGUCUCGUUGCUGGUCUUAUUUUCGCCUUUGCUUCCAACUCUCCCACAUUCUAA